GUAAAUUGUCAGCGCUAUUGUACGUACAACAUUUUCUCGUACUUUCUUUGUGUUUGGUAGUUCUUUGCCUAAGAGAAUGAAACCGCUAUAUAUUGCAUGCAGGCUCAAUGUAAAGGGAUCGGUUACAGUAAUCCGGUCCCCGUGGAUUAGCUGUUUACGUAGGCAAGGAUACCAUCCAAUCAUGAGUGUAGAAGAGGCUGAUGGUCUUUACGAUAAGAUACCAACCGUCCAGGAAAUGGAGGACUUUAUUGACAAACAUCAAGAUACCAAGGAUGCUGACUUAAUUUGGAGACUUGCACGAUUUGCAGCCAUCCUCAUUAAAACACACCCUGACUUGGCUAAAAGGAAGAGUUAUUCAGUUAAAAUUAAAGAAUUGGGAGAAAAAGGCCUCGAGUUGAAUCCCGAGAGUGCUGGAUGUAACAAGUUCUAUAGUAUUGGUUUGAUGGAGGGCCCUGGAGGUCAGUCUGAUAAAGCCAAAAAUAUUCAUAUUGUGAAGAAACAUUUCCAGAAAGCUGCUGAGAUCGACCCUCAAGACCCUUACGCUCAAUACUUGCUGGGAGUCUGGCAUUUUCGAGUAGCUGAUAUGCCAUGGCUCUUGAAAAAGAUUGUGAACGCUGUGCUUUCCAAUCCACCAAAUGCAACGUACGAUGAGGCUUUUCACUUCUUUAAGCAAGCUGACGAACUUAAGCCCAAUGGAUCGUUGAGAAACUCUAUGAUGUACGGAAAAACCUGCUUACGACUUAAAGAUUACGGAAAAGCMAAGGAGUAUUUACAAAAGGCUGUAGAUUUUGAACCUAAACGGCCUGAAGAUGAAGAGUUCCUGAAAGAGGCGAAAGAUCUAUUAAAAGGACUCUGAUGUGAACAAUAAGAAAUAGAAGUUUUAGUUACACUUUUUAUGUUUUGUUAUUAAACUUAGCUAGUUUUGCAAGUA